GACGCAGUGCGGCUGAGGGAAGGGCGAGAGGCGUCAUGGGAGAAGGGGCGGGCGGCGGCGAGCUGCCGGACUUCGAGGGGCUCGUGCUGGAACUGGGGCAGGAGAAGCAAAUGAAGUGAGUCUCCUCCGCCCAGCAGCGCUGCGCAGGGCCCCGCGCAAAAGGGGCGCGUUAUUACGCCGCGCCUCGUUUCUGACAGGGGGGAGCGCCAGAGUCCUCCCUAAUAAUACCGUAAUAAUAAGAAUAACAACAGUAGUAACAACAACAAUAAUAAUUCUAGUUACAGAGAAGUGCUAGAACUUUCAGUAUUCGAAAUGAAAAAUACAGUAGCAGAACUGGAGAAAAGACUUAACAGUGUUGAGGAUGAAGACAAUGAAUGGAAAACCAGGUAUGAAACCCAAAUAGAACUGAACAGACAGUUAGAAAGGCAAAUUGGCCUUUUCCAGGGAAAAAUGGAGCAGGUUCAUAAAAGCCCAACAGACAGAUUGGCAUCUGUUCGCUCCUUUGAUCAAAUGCAUGUGGAUUCUUUAAAUCAAUUUCUUAAACAACUGGGAGAAGAGAAGAGAAGUCUGGAGAACCAACUGAAAGAUUACGAGCUUCGAUUGGAACAAGAAGCAAAGGCUUACCAUAAAGCUAAUGAUGAACGCCGUGCAUACUUAGCCGUGAUUUCACAACUUUCAGGAUCACUGAAACCGUCAGAGAGGCAGAAAAUGGAUGCAGUAGAAAUGAAGAGGGAAGACCAGCUUAUGCGAGGAAAGUGCAAUAUUCCAAGAAAUCAACGAAUAUUGGACCCAAAGAAAGGACCAAUUAAAAAGACUGCAGGAGUCAAGCAUCUUCCAAAACUGAAGCUCUGAAUUCUUAUUCCUGGGUCUUUUAGUCACUUGUUCUUCCUUUCCCCCAGUAGGAACUGUAGUGAAGUACUAAGUAUUAUUUUGAUACAGAUUAUAUUAAAAGUAACCCUCCUCUUCCUAAUCACGUUUAGGAGCAAGCAAGCCUGAUUGACUCUAGUCAAUUUGCAUAUAAGGAAAUGUCUGCAUCACCUGUUUGGUGCAUGACAUAUUAAUCAAUGUAAUGAAAAACCUGGUGAAGUCUGCAGCUUGUGGGAUCUCUUCCUCAUUGUCCUUCACUUCCAGGGGUGGUUCCAGAUAUGUGUAAUUUAGCAGCAGUUAAUUUUUGCUCUUGCACUUCAAGGUGAAGAAGCAAUGUAUUAUGUCAGGUGGGGGAGCAUGGUUUCCACAAAAUGACCUCAGUGGCCAAAUGGGGAGGCUUGGCAGGCCAGAAGGUCCCACCCCUGCUCUAGUACAAGUCUAUGAUUCUAUAGCAUGUGCAGUGAAGGGGCAAAGCACAGAACAGGUUGACUGCAGGCAGAAGUUUAAAGGCCUCAGUUUACCUCCAGCCCUCACAGGAGCAUGCUGCUCCCAACAAAUUCUCCUUGGUACUGCAACAACCAACCUUUCUUUCUCACAUGGGAUCCUCCUUGGAACCAGAACAGACAAAGCUUUAAUCAUGAUUUGCUCACAACAACAUGCACCUAAAAUAUAGCCUAUGAUUAAAAUACUGAUAACUUUUCCACAUUUUUGAACAAGCAUUACAGAAUGGCCUCUAGCAUUGUUUUCUGCCACUGCUCAGGUGUAACGGAUGACUGCAGUGAAGGUAAUCUUUCUUCUGAAUAGCAUCCUGCUGAGGUUUCCCCAGCUGGUUCAGAGACUAAUAAGAAUGGUGACUCAUCUGUUCUGUGCAGUGACAAUUUUGCUCUAUUCCUUCCUCAGCCUCGUCAGACCCAUUGGUUCAUCUAGCUCGGCAUUUUUUAUUCUAGCAGUGGCUCUCGCCAGAAUUUCAGGCAAGGCUGUUUUCCAGCCUUAACUCAAGAUACCAGGAAUUGAACCUGAAACUUUCUGCAUGCAGAGCAUGUGUUCUAUCCACUGAGUUACAGCUGAUAGAUGGUGUGAAGAUAAAUUCAGGUGAUUUAGAUCCUUGUCCAUUGUGGCUGUGAAGCCCAACCAAGAGGAACUUGUUGAGCCACAGGCUAAAUUAAAGUGCCUCGUUGGAAAAAGAUAUGUCCUGUCUGUUUAAAAAGAAAUGAACUCAAAAAAUGAAAAGAAAGGCAUUUUUGAACGAGGAACUAGCCUGUUGUAGGCAGUAGUGCAACUUUCCUUUUUUGAGAAAGUUGGUGGAUUGGGUAGUAAAGCAACCCCAGAGGUUCUUGGAGGAAGCAUGUUUACACUUUUAAAUUUGCUUUUGGGGACAUGUUUUAGAAAGAAAUGUAGCCAUGAUGAAUAAUCUGAUUCUAGGGAUGGAUAGAGUACAGGCUUCCCUGCUUAUCUUGUUGGAUAACUUAAUGACUUUUGAUACUGUGGAACACAUCUUUUCCCUGAACUAUUUAGAACAUCAGCUAAGGCUUACUUUCUUGUAGUUCUAUUUCCUUUUCUCACUUGAAGAGUAGCCCCCGGGGAACUGAGGCCUUCCUUAUUAGUAUUGGGGUUUGAUGUUCUGCAAAGCUCAGUGUUUUCACUGAUGAUGCUUAAUAAAUGUAUGAAACGGCUGAGAGAUAACUUUGAUGUCUGCAGUAUUGUCCAGAGUUUCAGCCCUGCACAGCACUUUCCUAGGAGGUGCAAGGACCUUGAAGACCCAGAACGUACAGCAGCCUUUUUUUUUCAGCCCAAUACACAGCUGAUGAGCACUGCAACAGCUGCUGUGGAUCCGCAAGCAGGCCAGAGUGCAAUGGGCCCCAUUGCCAAGAUGAUGGCACCAGUACAUGGCAAACCAGCCAUCUCAAGAAUACAUUCCCCAACAUCCUUAGCCAGCAUGGCCAAGGGAUGAUGGCGGUUUUAGUCCAGCAACAACUGGAGCCCCUACACUGGGGAAGGCUGUGUUAAACCAUGGCCCCCAUCUCCUUGAAUAAUCAUGUUCAGUGAUGUUAUGGAUGGAAUUCCAAGUUCACUACUUACUAAAGUUGCAGCAGUUCUGCUCUCAAUAACACACUUGAAGUACUGCAGGAAAAUAGUAUGUUGUGCCCUACAGAUGGAUGUAGCAGAAUACCCCCACCAAAAAUGCACUGCUCCCUGGUGCAGUGCUCGGGGCUGCACGACAAAGGCUGAGGGUGGUAUGCCUGCUUGGCGGAGGUGGCGGGGGGCAGCCAGGCUAUUGGGGCAGUGCGGCAGAGACGGAUGGUGGCAGCGCAAUGUGGCAGUUCAACAAGUUCCAGCACCUCUUUUUCUACAAAAAAGCCCUGGCAGUACCUAUUUAUCUACAGUGGUGCCUCGACUUACGAAUUUAAUCUGUGCCGAAGGCACCUUCGUAGGUCGAAAAAUUCGUAAGUCGAAAAGCGUCAUUGGAAACACGAUUUCCCAUAGGAAUGCAUUGGAAACGGAAAAAUUCAUAAGUUGAAGCAACCCCAUCUAAAAAUUCGUAAGUCGAAAAAACCCUAUCUAAAACCGCCGCGGUUUCCAUUCGGUUGUCGAGAAAUCCGUAAACGUGUGGCCAUUUGCCACAUUCGUAAGUCGAAAAAUUCGGUUGUCGAGUCAUUUGUAAGUCGAGGUACCACUGUACUCGCAUUGGUAUGCUUUCGGACUGCUAGGUUGGCAGAAGCUGGGACAGAGCAAUGAGAGCUCACCCUGUUGCGCGGAUUCUAACCGCCAACAAGAGGCUCAGUGGUUUAGACCACAGCACCACCCGCAUCCCUGCUACUUUGAACACAGGUAUGGCUGUCCAUUGUGCAUGUCAACAAGUCCUAGCAAGAGGCUCACAAAUCACCUUUGCAAGGCAGAGCUAUGAAGGAUUGGUUUUUGCUUGUGUCUUCUCAGGCAUGUAUUUUUCUAUACCAACACUAAUAUUAUUUAAUGUUAAACUUUAGCAGCCUCUGAAAGAUUGAAGACCAGACAUUUAAACCUCCUCCAAGGUUAACCUUAAAAGGGACACAAGUGCAAACCUAAUAGAUGGGCUGUCUUCAAGCAUUUUAAGAGCUUUGAUGGAGGAGUAUUUAUUACUGUGUUGUAAUUGUUUGUCUUGUUAGGGGCAACGUUAACAGGGUUGGCUCUUAUUACAGAUAGCAUUAAAGUGAGGCUGCAAUUAAACUCCUACUGGCAGAGCAUGAUGUCACUGCUUCUGUGCAGGAAAACAAGUGAUAACAGCAUAAACUGUAUGGGAAAUGUUGGCCCCUGCCAUUUUACACCUGGGUUCAAAGCAACUUGUACUUUUUUUGUACACGGUCAAAUGUCUUUGUAGUGCCGUAGUAUCCAGUAGCAGGAGUUCACAGCUGUUCUUCUGUCCUCCUCUUCACAAAGCCUUCUCCUGACUUUACACUAGCACUAUAAACAUCUUUAAACAUUUUAAACAUCUUAAAGAUGUGGGGCAGAUUUAACUACCCCAUUCCAGUAGCAGAAGCCAGCUCAAAAACUCCUGCUUAGCAUAAUGGGGCUCUCCCCCCCCCCUGGCAUGUGCCUCCCCCACAUCUGCCCCUGAAGGACAGGAGAUCCCAAAAACACUGCAGGGGGGAAAGAGGGGAGAUGGUUCCAUCAGAGAAGCAGAAAUGCUGGGGCUGAUGGAACAAUCUCAUUGGCACGAAAUACUUAUUAUCGCAGAUGGUUUCAUGGACCAGACUCCACUUCAUCAGAUGUUAACUCCUGAGAAAAGACACAUAAGAUUGCACUGUAAAUCAAGGUGCAGAGCAGACAACAGCACUCUAGAUCUAGAAAGAAAAAUGGAUUUAUAUAUUGACUGCUUGGUGUCAGGCAGGUUAUUUAGACUAUUUACGAGUGACCCUUAAGCUUCCAGUUAAAAGAAAAGAAAAACCACAAUAAAAUUCAACGGUCAAAUAAUGUAAAAUACAGAAUCCCCAUUCCGUAAACUUGCCAAACCAUAAAGCAAUGUAGUAGUAGUAGUAAUAAUAAUAAUAAUACUUAUACCCUACCCAUCUGGCUGGGUCUCCCCAGUCACUCCGGGCAGCUUCCAACAGAAUAUUAAAAACACACAAAAAACAUCAGACACUAACAACUUCCCUAAACAGCCUUCAGAUGUUUUCUAAAAGUCAGGAAGUUGUUUAUUCCCAUGACAUCUGACGGGAGGGCAUUCCACAGGGCGGGCACCAUUGCUUAGAAGGCCCUCUGCCUGGUUCCCUGUAACCUCACUUCUCACAGCGAGGAAACUGCCAGAAGGCCCUUGGAGCUGGACCUCAGUGUCCAGGCUGACGAUGGGGGUGGAGACGCUCCUUCAGGUAUACCGGGCCGAGGCUCUUUAGGGCUUUAAAGGUCGGCACCAACACUUUGAAUUGUGCUCGGAAACGUAGUGAGAGCCAAUGUAGGUCAUUCAGGACUGGUGUUAUAUGGUCUUGGUGACCACUCCCAGUCACCAGUCUAGCUGCCGCAUUCUGUGAUGUAUUUUCCAGGUCACCUUCAAAGGGUAGCCCCAUGUAGAGUGCAUUGCAGUAGUCCAAGCGGGAGAUAACUCGAGAAUGCACCACUCUGGUGAGACAGUCUGUGGGCAGGUAGGGUCUCAUGAGGCCUGUGUUCCAGAUGGAGCUGGUAGACAGUUGCCCUGGACAUAGAAUUGACCUGCACCUCCAUGGACAGCACAGAGAUGGGCCCCCCAAAAUCUCCAGUUUUCAUGAGUGGAGGUGUGGGAACAGAAAACACAACAGCCCAGAAGAGAAAUAUGGGGUCAAAUGAUGCUGCAGCCACAAAGGGAGGGGGAGUUAUGUGUUUUGCAAGUCAGGAGAGACAGAGUGUGCAUGUGGGUUUGGGUGAGGAUCCUGGGGGAAAGUGAUAGAGAUGAACUUAAGGGUGGAUGGAGAGAGAGAAUGUGUCUGCUUGGGAUGUUAUCUGCUGAGAUAGCUCAGUUGGUAGAGCAUGAGACUCUUAAUCUCAAAGUUGUGGGUUCGAACCCACCUUGGGCAAAAGAUUCCUGAAUUGCAGGGGUUGGACUAGAUGACCCUUGGGAUACUUUUCAACUCUACAAUUCUAUGGCUCUCUGUGUUUCAGGCAGAGAGUCUUUCCUAGUCCUACCUUGAUAGGCUGGUGGUUGAACUUGGGAAGUUCUGUGGGCAAAACAGAUGCUUUUCCAGUAAGCUACAGCUUUCCCCCCACAAAUCACAUUCUAUGUGAUUCAUCUCCCUCCCCAAUUUUUAAAAUUGCUUUUUCACAAGCAAUAAGCAUAAUUUAAACUACCAUAAAGACCAACAAUAUCAGAUAGUCUGUCAGUUCUUGGAAAAACGAUGCCAUUCCUAAUCAUUCAGGAGUACAUUUGUUAUCUAGAUGUGGCAGUUCCACAUGACAUUCUUGGGGGGAAAGUGCUGCAGAAAACAAUUCCCAAAUAUAGCCAUUAAAGUGAACUUUUAGAUGCAGGAAUUUCAUUACUCAACCAAAACCAUGUGGCUGUGCACUCCAGAGUCCUUCCUUCAUAAUUGGCCUAAGCCUGUACCCCAGAGUAAGAUGGCACUAUUUCAAACAUGCAUCCCCGCCAAAGAUUUAUCUGUAAAAUGUCAAGUUGACAGGCACAUGUAACAUACAAGGAGAUGCUGAUUGAGGAGCUGCAAUUGGCUGGAUUUGCCUGUUGCCCGUAUGCUCAGUGGCAAACCCACAUUUCUCUCUGCAUGAUCUUGGCUUAAAUUGGCACUUGAAAAGUAAAAGGCUACAGUCAGAAGCUGCCUUUUGAGGAAAGUGCAUCUAAUAUAUAUAUAUAUCUCAUUUUGUGUUUUGUUAUAGUGCUCUUACGAGUUUUCAAAAUACUGCAAUAAAGUAUGAGGCAUGUGGUUUCUUUUCCAGCAGCUGUCUGGUGCUAAACCUCUUGCAGCUGUGCAACUGUUUUUCGUGUUUUUAAUUGCCUAGCAGAAAUAUAUAUGUGGUGUCCCAGCUAAGUAGCCUGACUCUCCCUGCUGAGGAAGUACAGGCAACAAAGGUUAAAAACAAAAGGAAUUUGCCAUGGACAAAUUUCAUGGGGGGUGCUAAUCAUGGAAAUCCUGAAAUCAAAAUAGACAAGACACUUUUUUAUUUUUUGCACUUGUUAGAAAAUCAUAAGAUAUAUUUGGAAAAAGAUGAAAAUGGUCAAACAAGCUUGUUCCUGAUGACGGCAAAAAUUAUAUGCACAAUUAUAAGGGAGUGUAGACAUAGAAUCAUAGAAUUGUUUUGUUGGAAGGGACCACGUGGGUCAUCUAGCUCAACCCCCUGUAAUGCAGAAAUCUUUUUACCAACAUGGGGCUCAAACCCACCAACCUCUGCUUAAAAACCUCCAAUGGGUGGCCAGCCAUGUUUAUACUUUGAGUUGUUUUUAAAACAGACAGGGCUAAUCGUCAUAUCAAUGAGAAGCAGUGCUGCUGCGGAUGCUGCAACCAAGGCUUUGUAGGAACUAUUUCAGAAAACAGCUGCUGCUGCCACCAUUGUAGCAAAUGGGGUUCCCAAUCUGGCCACAUUCCUGGAGAAGCUACUUGUCCGCUGCCUUUUUCUUCUAAGCCUUCGCCUGCUGCCAUUGUGCAAGUACAAGGAGCUCUGCAGCUAAUUAAGUAUUAAAUCAUUUUCUUUAUAUUGGCAUCUCUGAUGAAAGGCAUCUAUUCAUGCUUUGUUUUAAUUAGCAUUUGUUUGUAUCUCCAUGGGAAGGAAGAGCUGGCUAGAGUAGCCUUUCUUUCCCAAGGUCAAGAUAAGGUGUCAAGUUUCCAUGAAAAUUAAAGUGGUGACACUAGGGCUGGGGGUGGGGAGAAAGAGAGAGUUGCCUCCCUGGCUCAUACAUUCAGACAGGAACAAAACUGGUGGAGUAGUUUGUCCCCUCUUACCACACAUAUUGGCCCAGUUUAUACUGGAGGCCUCCCCCCCUCCCAAGCCACACACAGUGAGUUGGGAAGAGAAUUGCAUAGACCGGGUGUUUGUACAAUCAGGAACUCUGUUUGAAGGUGUCAGACAUUUGAAGGGCUGUUUCAAACUCUGGUUUGAAAGAUAAAUAACCAUAAGAAGUGAAAGCCUUGAAGCAAAUUCGUGUCCUCUUUUUUGGUUCUGUGUAACUGUACCUACUUGUAAACUUAACCCGUGUGUAGGAAUGGAUGGAUAAAUCUGUUUAGUGUGGCAUAUUGAUUGUCCAGUUGGAUUUGUAUGGAAGUGACAAUUCUAUUGUAUCCUAGGGUUAUCGGAUCAUUUUUACUAUUAUAUUUGACCUGUAAUUUAUUGUCCUGGCUUUAUGUUUGUAUUGGUGUAGACUGCCUUAAUACUUUAUCAGUGAAGGGUGGUAUAUCAGACAGACAGACAGACAUAAUAAUAAUAAUAAUUUAUUAUUUAUACCCCGCCCAUCUGGCCGGGUUCCCCCAGCCACUCUGGGCGGCUUCCAACAAAACAGAAAUUCUAAAAUACAGAAAUCCAUCAAACAUUAAAAUACAGAAAUCCAUCACACAUUAAAAGCUUCCCUAAACAGGGCUGCCUUGAGAUGCCUUCUAAAGGUCUGGUAAUUGUUGUUCUCUUUGACCUCUAGUGGGAGGGCAUUCCACAGGGUGGGUGCCACUACCGAGAAGGCCCUCUGCCUGGUUCCCUGUAACUUGGAUUCUCGUAGUGAGGGAACCGCCAGAAGGCCCUCGGAGCUGGACCUCAGUGUCCGGGCAGAACGAUGGGGGUGGAGACGCUCCUUCAGGUAUACCGGACCGAGGCCGUUUAGGGCUUUAAAGGUCAACACCAACACUUUGAAUUGUGCUCGGAAACGUACUGGGAGCCAAUGUAGGUCUUUCAGGACCGGUGUUAUGUGGUCUUGGCGGCCGCUCCCAGUCACCAGUCUAGCUGCUGCAUUCUGGAUUAGUUGUAGUUUCCGGGUCACCUUCAAAGGUAGCCCCACGUAGAGCGCAUUGCAGUAGUUCAAGCGAGAGAGAACUAGAGCAUGUACCACUCUGGAGAGACAGUCAGUGGGCAGGUAGGGACUCAGCCUGCGUACCAGAUGGAGCUGAUAAACAGCUGCCUUGGACACAGAGUUGACCUGUGCCUCCAUGGACAGCUGUGAGUCUAAAAUGACUCCCAGGCUGCGCACCUGGUCUUUCAGGGGCACAGUUACCCCAUUCAGGACCAGGGAGUCCUCCACACCCACCCGCCUCCUGUCCCCCACAAAC